GGGCCCGGUGCUCUACGGAAGCCGCGCUGGCGCGCUCGUGUCCCGGCGGCGGCUGAGGCGGCGGCCCCGGCCUGAGGGGCUGCGGGGGUCCCGGGGGUCCCGACGGGGCGGGGAACGGGAUGGCGGCACCGUGAGGAGCUCGCCUCAGGCCGGACUGGAUGCCCGCGGGCGGCCGGACGCUGUCACACGCUGCCCGCGCUCUCGGCAGGGGCACGGCGCUGCUCUGCCUUCGCCCGCAGCUGCCCUUGCCCAGACCGUUCCGCCGCUCUGCCGCAGCGAGCCCCGGGUGCCGGUGCCGGCUGCUGUUCCAGCCUGUCCCCGUGCCAUCCCCGCAGCCCCGCGGCGCUGCCGGCGCGGGUCCCCUGUGCCUGCCGGUGGGCGGCUGGCUGCGCUCGGCCUGCGCGGCGGCCGGGGACAUGGCGGAGCAGCGGUACUGCGUGGACUAUGCCAAGCGAGGCACCGCCGGCUGCAAGAAGUGCAAGGAGAAGAUCGUGAAGGGCAUGGUGCGCAUUGGGAAGAUCGUUCCCAAUCCUUUCACCGAGUCCGGGGGGGACAUGAAGGAGUGGUACCAUGUCAAGUGCAUCUUUGAGAAGCUGGACAAGGCCCGGGCCACCACAAAGAAAAUUGAAGAUAUCACAGACUUGGAGGGAUGGGAAGAGCUGCAGGAUGAGGAGAAAGAAACAAUCAACAAGUACAUUUCAGAAGCCAAUUCCAAGACUGGAGGUACCCCGAAGAAGAAGGUGAUAGUGCAGGCAAAACUCACUGCCACAGGACAGCUGACCACAAAAGAUCCACCAAAGAAAUUCUCUGGAUUCUCUGCCAAGCCAAAGAAUUCAGAAGAUGCUGCUGCGAACUGUGCCCAGAAGCUCAGCCUGUCUGCAGCCAGGUGUGACCCCCAGCACAAGGACUGCCUGCUGCGCGAGUUCCGCAAGCUCUGCGCCAUGGUGGCUGAGAAGCCGAGCUACAACGUGAAAACCCAGAUCAUCCAGGACUUCCUCAGGAAGGGAUCUGCAGGAGAUGGUUUUCAUGGUGAUGUAUACCUGACCAUUAAGAUGCUGUUACCGGGUGUCAUUAAAAUAGUUUACAACUUGAAUGAUAAGCAGAUUGUAAAGCUGUUCAGCAGGAUUUUUAACUGCAACCAGGAAGAAAUGAUCCGGGACCUGGAGCAGGGAGAUGUUUCUGAGACCAUACGGAUCUUCUUCGAGCAGAGCAGGACCUGUCCUCCGGCAGCCAAGAGCCUCCUGACCAUCCAGGAGGUCGACGAGUUCCUCAUCCAGCUGUCCAAGCUCACCAAGGAGGAUGACCAGCAGAGUGUCCUGCAGCAGAUCAGUCGCAGGUGUACGGGCAAUGACCUGAAGUGCAUCAUCAGGCUAAUUAAGCAUGACUUGAAAAUGAAUGCUGGAGCAAAGCACGUGUUGGAUGCUCUGGAUCCCAACGCCUACGAGGCGUUCAAGGCCUCGCGGAACCUGCAGGACGUGGUGGAGCGUGUGCUGCAGAACCAGCAGGAGGCAGAGAAGGUGCCGGGGCUCAAGAAGACCCUGAGCGUGCAGGCCUCACUCAUGACCCCAGUGCAGCCCAUGCUGGCUGAGGCCUGCAAGUCCAUCGAGUACGCCAUGAAGAAGUGUCCCAACGGGAUGUACGCCGAGAUCAAGUACGACGGCGAGCGCGUGCAGGUGCACAAGAACGGGGAUCACUUCAGCUACUUCAGCAGGAGCCUCAAGCCUGUGCUCCCCCACAAAGUAGCCCAUUUCAAGGAUUUCAUCCCCCAGGCUUUCCCUGGUGGGCAGAGUAUGAUUCUGGAUUCAGAAGUUCUCCUGAUUGACAACAAAACUGGCAAGCCACUUCCUUUUGGGACUCUCGGUGUGCACAAGAAAGCUGCUUUCCAGGAUGCCAACGUUUGCCUCUUCGUGUUUGACUGCAUCUACUUCAAUGACGUCAGCCUGAUGGACAGGCCCCUCUGUGAACGGCGCAAGUUCCUCCACGACAACAUGGUGGAGAUCCCCAACAGGAUCCUGUUCUCAGAGAUGAAACAUGUCACAAAAGCUUCAGAUCUGGCAGACAUGAUCACCCGGGUCAUCCGGGAGGGGCUGGAAGGGCUGGUGCUGAAGGAUAUAAAGGGUAAUUAUGAGCCAGGGAAACGCCACUGGCUGAAGGUGAAGAAGGAUUAUCUCAACGAGGGGGCAAUGGCUGACACUGCUGACCUGGUGGUGCUGGGGGCUUUCUAUGGACAAGGCAGUAAAGGUGGGAUGAUGUCCAUCUUCCUCAUGGGCUGCUACGACCCCAAGAGUGAGAAGUGGUGCACGGUGACCAAGUGCUCUGGUGGCCACGAUGACGCCACCCUGGCACGUCUGCAGACAGAGCUGGACAUGGUGAAGAUCAGCAAGGAUCCUAGUAAAAUUCCACGGUGGCUAAAAAUUAACAAAAUCUACUACCCAGACUUCAUUGUCCCAGAUCCAAAGAAAGCCCCGGUGUGGGAGAUCACGGGCGCCGAGUUCUCGCGGGCCGAGGCGCACACCGCGGACGGGAUCUCCAUCCGCUUCCCGCGCUGCACCCGCAUCCGCGACGACAAGGACUGGCAGACUGCCACCAACCUGCAGCAGCUCAAGGAGCUGUACCAGCUCUCCAAGGAGAAGGCUGAUUUCAGUGUUGCAGCCGGGGAGGAAGACGAGUCCACAGCUGGCAGCAGUGGAGAGAAUGAUGGGAAUUCCAGGUCUUCCACACCUCAUAGCAGUAUUAAGAGUCCCCCAAGCAAGUCACCUGCAAAAUCCGAGAAGGCAGAAGACAGCAAAGGAGUCAUUGGAUCCCCUCAAAAACCCGAGGAGAAACGAGGGGAGAAGAGAAAAGCAUCUGAGAUGGAAGACAAUGGAAAAAAAGCAGCCGCUGCUGGACAUUUUCACGGGGGUGAAGCUCUACCUGGCGCCCUCCGUGCCGGACUUUGCCCGCAUCCGCCGCUACUUCAUCGCCUUCGACGGGGACCUGGUGGAGGAGUUCGACACGGCCUCGGCCACCCACGCCAUCGGGGACAUCGACGACAACCCCGGGGCGCAGCGGGUGACUCCCAGGUGGAUCUGGGAGUGCAUCCGCAAGCGCAGGCUGGUGGCGCCGUGCUAGCACGGGGGGCAGUGCUGGCACAGAGCCGCCGGGAACAGGGAGCUGGAGGGAACGGGAGGAGAUCCUCCGUGGAGGGGUGGAGGGACAGAAGUGCCCUCAGAAGUAGCCGCAGCACUCCAGAGCAGCCCUGUGGAAUGAAUUGAAAGGGUUCUCUGAAGCAGUGUCACUGCUGAAGCCCGUGCUCCUGCCCCUGCUGGAGACCACCGCCCUUGUCCAGGUGCCGGUUCAGUCUCCUUGGGUUUUUAAAGUUUGGGUAUUUUUAUAGAUAAAUAAAACUGAAGCAGCUUCUCCUUU